AUGAUAAAAAACCCCAGGCUCGAAAAUCUUCUUCCCCUCGCCGCAAACGCGCCCAGGACCUGGCCGACGCGUCCCGAGCCGAAGAGCCCACCAACGAUCCAGACGACGAGUACCGCCCCAGGAAGCGUGGACGCCCACCAGCGGGAGGACGAGGACGAGGACGAGAGCGGCCAGGGGUCCCGGCAGCAACGACGCAUAUCAGGCGGCAGCCUGAGCGUGAGCAGCGGCCGCGCCUCGCUGGACUCGAGGCGCCGCUCAUCGCUGCGGACGGAACCCGACGCGCCGUACCCGCACGUGUCGACCACGAUCCGCUCGGUCAAGCAGUCGACCAUCGACGCCAGGUGGGCGCCCCUGACGGCCGCCUCGGUGGCCGCCGCCUCGGAGACGCUCGCCCUCGCCCACCGGCCCAUCAUGCAGCGGCUCGCGAGCAACGGCCAGCGUCGGCGGCACACAGCCUCGGCCCUCUCCCUGCUGGACAGGCGCAUCGCCCGCAAGCUCCAGAGGGGGCUGCCCUUCCCACCGGCCGCCGCAGCCCCUUCCGGCCAGGCGGCGGCCGCCGCCAAACGACGCGGACGGCCCCGUGGCAUCGGCAGCGGCAAGACGGCCGGCGUCGAGGCCGAGCUGGACUUUGAGAGCGUGCUGGACGGAUCCCAGGCCCUGGAGCGUCAGCUCGAACCGCUGCUGCACGCCGUCGAGCUGCUGCGCAGGGAGAAGGACCACAUGGAGAGGGAGCUCGAGCUCGACUACAAGAACCUGCGGAACCUGGAGGCUGGUGCGCGCGGCCAGGCCCGCGUCCGGAGGGACCAGAUCAAGAAGGCCCACGUACUCGUGCCCGAGGCGCCCUCGCGCGACGACGACAACGAUGACGGCAACGGCAACGACGACGACAACCCACGUCGGCUUUUCGGCGACGGUGCCGUGGAGAUGGUCUCUCACAGGGACGGGCGUGUCCCGUCCGAUGCAGUUUUCAAGGACCUGGACGAUGAUCAACUCAAGUCUCUGGCUCUGCAGCUCAGCGGCCACGUCGACAGUAUGACGACCAACCUCGAGCAGACGGACGGGCUGACGGCCCGGAUCGCCGAGGCCAGGACGGCCCUGCGAGCCACCCUGCUCAAACAUCUUGACCCGAAGCAGUAUGACCAGGUGGUGCUGGGUUGA